CUGUGCGGCACUAAUCGGAUUUUAUUAUAUGAUCAAUUAUUAUUGCCUUAUUCCAUGCGUUAAGGUUGCUCUAUUUCUCCUCCAACGGCCAGACCAGACCCAUCGACCUAGCUCGUCUUAUCUCACCACACUAUGUCCAAUUGCGCGUUUGCGUGGCCUUCUGUCCUCUUCUUUUCUGUCAUUCCAACCACCCAGUGCAGAAUGUCCUUGCAGCUCACAUGUCUUACUUUGGCUGUCUGAGCAAUGUGGAGACGAACCUACUUGCUUUUGCUCUUAAUCCGGGUCUAUUUCGCGUUGUCUCCGAGCUAUCUGCACCCGGACGAGAAUUUCCAAGGCCCCGAGGUAUUUGCAGGUCGCAUAUUCUCAUACCCAUCUAAGUUAACGUGGGAGUUCACCGAUCCCCAUCCCAUCCGUAGCGUCUUUCCAUUAUGGCCCGUUUGUGUUGUGCCCAUGAACCUUUUAAAAUGGUUCUACGACGAAACGGGAGCUGGGAAACCCCCUCCCGCUCAGAUUUACUAUACCUUGCGUGGGGUUAUGUUCCUGCUGAGUUUCGUGCUGGAGGAUUGGGCGAUCCAUGAACUUGUCCCUUUGCCCCAUCAUCGCACAGCGACAGUCGUACUGGUUGCUUCAUCGUACGUUACCUGGACGUACCAAACGCAUACGUUUACCAAUUCUCUCGAGACACUGUUAGUCGCUUGGGGACUGGUACUCGUUCGGCGGAUUGUGGAUGGCAGGAAGCAUUCAUCGUUCUUCUCGAGUAUCGUGCUGUCUUUGAUUGUGGUCACUGGUACUUUCAAUCGGAUAACCUUUCCGGCCUUUCUAUUGUUACCCGGGCUUCAAUUGCUUCCUCAUUUUUGGCUUAAGCCUGCUUCCUUCUUCUCUCUGGUUGGAUUUGGGAUAUUCUUUGCUUCAAUCGCCAUUAUCAGUGACACGGCCUUCUUUGCAUCUCCGUACUCGAUUUCGGAUGCUCUCCGCUCUCCUAUCAUCACUCCAAUCAAUAACCUCAUUUACAAUUCUAAUCCGGCGAACCUUGCCCUUCAUGGACUUCACUCUCGUUACCAGCAUUUCCUUGUCAAUCUACCACAGCUUCUUGGACCUGCAUUCGUGGCGAUGGUGCUGUCCUUCUUCAAGUCGCCCCUUGCCAUCCCGCCUUGGUUACGCAACAUGCGUUUCGUCUCUGCGAUUUCAGCUACUUUCAUCUUGUCCAUCUUUCCCCACCAAGAAGCUCGCUUCCUGAUCCCUGCUGUGCCCCUUCUUCUAAGUUGCAUUCGUCUGCCCCGGUCCCGCGUCGUACUGGCGUCAUGGGUGAUAUUCAACGCCACUAUGGGACUGCUCAUGGGAGUUUACCAUCAGGGUGGUGUUGUGCCGACCCAAAUCGCGAUUCCGACUAUAGUCUCCGAAAGUGCAGUGAAACUACCAACUAACGUAUCAACAGACAGUGCAGGACUAUCUGCGACGGUGUUCUGGUGGAAGACCUACUCCCCUCCCACUUGGCUACUCGGAGAUACAGGCCCAUCCCUGGAAAUCGAAACGGUCAAUUUGAUGGGUAUGCCGGGACUAAACAUGAUAGCGGAGCUUGAUAAAGCAGCGGUCCCUUGUCCCCGCUUAGUCGACAAUUCGUCGGAUUCAGCCACCGCCGAAGAGCCGCUCGAAAACUCCCUCUUCCUAGUCGCUCCCUUGUCGGCCUCAUUCCUCGACCAGUACGUCGUCUCACAGAGUUCACCCGACUCUCCAUCCGAUGACCUCCAGCUCCAUGAACUAUGGUCCUACAAGAACCAUCUCAACUUGGAUGAUCUGGAUUUCGAAACAGACGGGAUCUUCCCGACUUUGAAACGUGUCUUCGGCAGACGGGGACUGGGAGUCUGGGCUGUGAAAAGAGUCGGCUGUAAUUAGUCUUUUCGACGUCAUCGUGUCUACAAUCUAAAAAAAAAAAACAUAUGGGUGUAUAUAACAUGGAAACAGAACCAAUGGCC